AUGAGCGAGAUGAAGUCGCAGAUGUUUCAUACAUAUUUCAACCGCUUUCUAUCCCUACUUAAUCACGAGCCAUCGGAGUUGACCAGAUCCGACACCACGUUGAGCGUCACACUUCGCGAAGAGUCUGCAUCAAACUCAGACCUGGCAAUCACCAUUCUGUCCAACCUACUCAGUGCCAAUAUUGACGUCGGUCUCAAACAUUCACUCAAUAUUGGAUAUCAUGACAACGUUGAGAUUCGUACUGCGUUCGUCAAGGUUCUUUACAAUAUCCUUGUUCAAGGGACUGAAUUCAGUAACCUGACUGACUCGGCUGUGAGUGAGAAGUACGAAGAAUUGUUGGAGCUCCUGACCAGCGAUCUUUCUCUUGCCAUUUCCAUGGCGGUGGCCUGCCCAAGCACGGAUGUUGACGAGCUAACUAUCUGUCUUCUCACCGUUUUCGAACAGCGAGGAAUGAUCUUUGAGCUGCUCGAGGCUCUUAUUAAACAGGAGAUAGCAGAUACCGAGAACGAGGCAGAGAUUUUGCGUCGAGGGUGUGUAGCGACCAAAAUGUUGUCUGUUUAUGCCAAGUGGAAGGGGGCUGCAUACAUCCGAAAUACGCUCCAAAAGGUUUUGGAACGCCUCAUGUUGACUUCGAAGGAUCUUGAUCUGGAACUUGACCCUGCAAGGGUCAGCUCAACAGAGGAGCUCCAGAAGAAUGCCCUGCAGCUUCGUAUAGUUGCCAAGGUCUUCAUUGACGACAUCUGUGCUUCUUCCACCAGUAUCCCACCCGCGUUCCGCAAAAUCUGUUACAUCAUAUCAACUGCAGUCAUGCCAAGGUUCCCUGAUGCAAAAUACACCGCUGUAGGCGCCUUUAUCUUUCUCCGAUUCUUUUGCCCGGCAAUUGUCGCCCCGGAAGUGGAGGGUCUUGUGUCAACGACACCAUCCAAAGAAAUGCGACGCGGACUGCUACUCAUUGCAAAGGUCAUUCAGAACCUGGCCAACAAUGUACUUUUUGGAGCGAAGGAGCCUUACAUGUUCCCACUCAACGACUUCUUAACACAAAACAUCUAUCAUGUUACCACGUUUCUCCGCGAGAUUUCUGUGCCGCCUCAGCAGUUGGAAGCACACGGUGCCACGGAGUCUUUCGACUUCGGGUCAUGCGUGGCACUUCAUCGCUUUCUUUACGAUCAUUGGGAUCAUGUGAGGCAAACCCUUAUUUCUCGUGAACGAAAAGACUAUGGCAGAACAUCAGGGGAUGUUGUUCGAGGACGUUCACCGGCCUUAGAACCCCUGAGGAAUUUGAUAGCUAACCUUGGUCCGCCGCCACUUGCUGUUUCUUGGAACAGGCCCCAAGUUUCUUCCAAUAGUCCGCCAUUGUAUUCUAGGUUCCAGAAUUUCAUGCUUCGGAACGCUUUUCGAAGCACUGAAUCCUUCUUGACCGCGCGAGCUGUUUAUGAUGGAGGCGAGAGCAAGGAUGGCCUGUCUAUUAUUUGUGUUAUUCUUCGUCAUAUUGAGACUGAAAGCAUCGACUACGAUACCUUACUGUACUGUUACCUCAAGAUCGCGAGUAGACUGUGGCAUCGGCCAUUCGGGAUUUUGAUCGACGCAACUUGUUAUAAUGGUCGCAAUGAGCCUCAGGACGAUUUGUUCAAGAAACUAGAGUUACUAACACCAUCGGAGCUGUCACAGAAUCUAACACGUAUCUACGUCUACAAUAUGAAUAGUGCAUUUAAACGAUGCUUCCGGCGUUUGCUGAGGGUAUGCACCAAGAAUGAGAAUGGCGUUUUCAAUCCGAAAAACGUGGAGUACCACUUGAUAGGGAGCCUUCAAGAUUUGCAGGCACAUUUUCACCUUAGCCAGCUCCAUCUGCCAAAGGAGACAAUCAGUGUAGUAACGGACACUCGUUACGUCUUCCAGCCCAUUACACGAUUGUCCAAGUCAAAGGGCAAGAUCGAAGUGAUUAUCAAGGUGGGUAGUCAGUUUGUCCAGGUCACGACGACUAAAAAGCAAGAGAUCUUUGCGGGGUUUCGUCUGGGUACUACCGUGAACGACAUCUUUCGCUUGGGUGAAGUUGAUGAAGCCCCAACGUCCAUACAAACCGAAGACGACUCGGCUUUUGGAUUGCGGGCAGACAACGGGAAGAUUGUGAUGUACUUCACGAGCCCUAAGAAGACCGACGUGCUACAAACAAUUCGAGGCGCCAAGGCCAAGCACGGCAAGGAUAACAGAACUCACAAAUCUGUUGAACGCCUCAUCCGUCCACAAGAUGUUCCAGGCACUCUUCUGAACCUUUCCUUGGCGAAUCUCUCCAGUCAUGACCACAUCUUGAGGCUGUCGUCUUAUAAUCUGCUGGGGGCACUCUGCCGGGCUUUCAAAUUCAGCUCAGCUUCCAGAAUUAUCUGCACUAAAGAUGUGUCUGUUCCUUUAGACCCGAAUCGCUUUGUUGUGGAUAUCAGCAAUGAACUGGCACUAAGUGAACCCCAAUUGACGUCAGACUUUCUAACCGAGUUCUUUGUCGGUUGGGAGAGUUUCCCUGAUGAACAGAAGCCACUCAGUCUAGCUUAUAUGGCCCCUUGGCUGCCUGGAUUGAGAACAAACAUCUUGACAAACGAGUUGGAUGGCGAGAAGGGCAGAGAAAGGGUUGCAAUCCUCUUCCGAAAGCUCAUCGACGUGACCGUCCAAGAUCACGCACUCACAUUUGCCUUGGAGCAGUCAGUCUGGCCAAAGAUUGUUCAAGAUGAAAUUCUCCUUGAGGUUUUCAUGGAUGAACUUCUCAAGUCGGCCAUGACUUACAGCGUGCAUGACGAUUCUCUGGAGGUCAUUUCAUCGAUUGUGGUUGGUAUUGGAACGGUGACACUGCGAGGCAAAAUUCUGUCAAGGCUGCGUAAAGCCCUCAACAGGUCAUCGUUGCGCCCUACCAAGUAUCUACCAGAUAAUGCAGUCUGGGCUGAGAUCUGUACGUUGCUUCGAUUCUGUCUUGCUUUGUCAUUUGACAAUGGCGUGCAGUCCCAGCUUUUCCUGCCUGAAAUAUUUCACAUUGUGACAAUGCUGGCGAACACUGGUGCCCAAGAAGUUCGGUUGCUUGUCUAUCGUCUACUAGUGAAUUCGGUCCAUGCCGUGUGCACAUCCUUCAACCUGGACGAUGCUCGAUCAAGCAAGCUCCGAGCAAGUCUCGACUUUCUUUGCGAUCCACGCAGUGACAUCUUCACAACACCGCCUACCUUUCCACGCGACGGCGCUUCAGUAUCAACUUCUCAGGAAGCUGGUCCUGCGUUGACAGCUACCGAGAAUCUCGCAUCUUGUCUAUUUGAGAUAUGCACUAUUGCCGCACCGACGGUUGAUCUUGCUAAUACAUGGCGAUCAAGAUGGAUGAGCCUUGUGGCCAGUACAGCCUUUCAGAACAACCCAGCUAUCCAGCCACGAGCGUUUGCCGUCAUGGGUUGCUUGGCCCGUGAGGAGGUUGACGAUGACUUGCUUUACCAAGUGCUGGUGGCUUUACGCAAUAGCGUCAACCGGUUCGGUGACGAUCACAAUAGCGAGAUGCUUGUAUCUAUUGUCACUUCGCUCUCAAAGAUGAUGGCUAAACUCCCAUCUGCGUCUCGGUACGGCCUCCAGCUAUUCUGGCUCGCCAUGUCACUAGUACGACUAGUUCCUGCAACUCUCUUCAACUGUACUGCUCAAUUUCUUGAGGCAGUUCUAGCAAAUAUCAGCACUGGGGAAGAGUUCCAAGGAGAUAAUAUGGCACCGCUGCUUCUCCAAGGCAGAGCUCCCUUGGACGAAGCCGCCCUGCCGUUGGAAGAGAUAUACGGCAUCCAUUUCGAGCAAGAUACAUUCCACCUCGCUGUAUGUGCAUGUUUAGCACGCGGCUUGACGGAUACCAUGACGAGGCAGACUACUAUGAGGGUUCUCGCCUCGUUCUUGAGAAUGACCUGUGAUGUGGAGGGAAGGGAGAAGCCAGAAGUCACGCAAACCUCGCCAUACUUAUCCCUCCUAGUGGCGCGUGCUGUUGGUAAUCAUGAGAUCAAGGAUAGUCUUUGGUCGGCUGGUAUCGACGCAGACGAUAUCGGAUUACUCAACGGAACGCGCAAGCCGCCAGAGCUUGAAGUGAUGUCCGAUAAUGCGUUAUUGUUGAUUACCUCCAUCGAACUUAUUGACUUUCAAUAUGUGGAAGACACCGUCCAGACACGGAGCCUGGACUGGCUCAACAUUCUUGCCAAAGAACGACCAUUUGUGGUGGAGCGCCUCUGCGGAGCCAUCCGAUCGUUACUGGAUGACACCUUACUUCAUAGCCAGAAUUCAACCACGUUAAGAGCUGCACACACCUUGCUGCGCGCGCUGUCGUCGAGUCCACAAUUUUCAAGAGCUGUUGAUACAACUGCUGCGCUCACUAACGCUCUUGACUCUAUGGGCUUCAGUGGGCUAUGGCGAUCAUGUUCUUUUAGCUCUAUGGAGGAUGUUAACUGCAACUAUCUUGAGUUAACUGAGCACCUAAUAGAGAUAGCUAUUAAAUAA